AGCCAGCACACAAACAUUUUUCAUGCUUAAUAAAUAAUAUGAAAGUUUCUGGUUGUUUGUCAUUAUUAUUCUUGAUGUGAUGAUAUUACAAUUCUAAAUUUAUCUAAAUCUUAUUCUCAUAUUAUAUUACCCAUUAAGUAGUGAAAGGAUUCAUUCAUUUAUAGUAAUCAAAAAGUAUAUUUGGCAUAGAGUUUUAUAAUACGCUCUGACAUAUAUUUUCCAUUUCAAAAGAAAUCACAAAAAAAAAUUCAUCCACACCACAAUUAUGGAUUUUUCAUCAUUAACUCAGCUUAAGGUUGCCGAUCUUAAACAACAGCUUCGAUUACGAGGUUUGGCCAUUACUGGAAAUAAAACCGAUUUAAUUCAACGUUUACAACAAUCUUUAAUGAAGGAUUCUGGAUUAGUUAAUGUAGCAUCCACUGAUUUGAAUCAAGUAACAACACCAUUAUCAUCAUCGACAUUAACACAACAGCAACAACAAUCCCAUCAUCAAACGAACGUAUCGAAAUCAAUAUCGAAUCAACAUAAUAAUGAGAUUGAUGAAGAUGCUAUACUUGGUGGCGAUGACGAUGAUGAUGUUGUUGAUGAUGUUGAUGAUGAUGAAACAUCAAAUUCAGAAUUAAUUGAUAAAAUACCGAAUGAAGAUUUAUUGCUUAGCGACAACCAAACAUCGAGCACCGUUGCUAAUACAUCAAUAAUCAACGAAAGUAAACAAAAAUCCAAUACAAUGAUUAAACAAUCAUCAUCGACACCAGCAGCUGCAGCUGCAACAACAACAAAAAAUCCCAUCGCUGUUGCAGCAAAACCAACAACAUCGAUACCAUCAUUGAAACAAAUGGCAACAAAAAUAUCAUCUGCACCAUUAACAUCAGAAGAACGUAAACGAUUGAGGCAACUGAAAUUUGCUGAUCCAAAAAUAGUGAAUCGUGUUGAAAGAUUCGGUGUUCAAGAUUCAUCUGUAAAAAAAUUGAUCGAACCAACCGACGAAGGAAAAUUAUUAAAACGUAUCCACCGUUUUGGUGAAGUUGUAUCGAAUAAAGCUAAAACAUUGAAUGAACGUGAACUUUUAGAACGACGAAAACAACGAUUCAGUGGAAACGUAGCUACUACUACUGCUGCUGAUGUAUCAUCAAAUAAAAUUUUCAUCAAUAGUAAUGUACCAGAAAAUAUUCAAAAACGACAAGAUCGUUUCGGUGUCGUUGAGAAACCAUCAAAACCAUUACAUAUGUUCAAUAAUGUUGGUGGUGGUGGUGGUGGUGGAAAUAAUAAUUUCAAACGACGACGUUUCGCUUAUUAAAUAAUAAUGGUCGUAUUUUUAUUUGGAUGCUUCCUAAAACAUAUUUCUCAUCUAUUAAUAGAUAAUAUAAUUUGUCCAUUGUCCAUUAAUUAUAAUUUUCACUUUUUUUUUUGCUUAUUGUGACCAUUGUACACAACUUGAAUACUUUCUAUCAUUUCACAGUUAAUAUCGAUCAACAUUAUUAAACAUUAAAAGCCAAAA